AUGAUUGGUUACGAGAACGUGCAAUCCAUUGAUACUGCUAUGCAUGAUGAAGACGCAGUCAAUUAUCCGGUUGAAUUUUUAAAUUCUUUGGAACCACCAGGCAUGCCACCGCAUACGUAUAAAUCCAUUGAUACUGCUAUGCAUGAUGAAGACGCAGUCAAUUAUCCGGUUGAAUUUUUAAAUUCUUUGGAACCACCAGGCAUGCCACCGCAUAAUUUGAAUUUGAAAGUUGGUUCAUCGAUUAUACUUCUUCGAAAUCUUAAUGCACCGAAACUUUGUAAUGGGACGAGACUUUCAGUGAAGAAAUUGAUGCCAAAUUUAAUUCAAGCAACAAUUCUCACUGGCAAAGCAAAAGGUGAAAUUGUUCUAAUACGCGCAUCCCAUUAA